AUGUCAGGGCUCUUCGGAUCUUCCAGCGCUGCUACUACCGCAAAUAGUCUGGGUGAUUUGACAAAGGAUAUAGCUUUGAACAGUCCACCAGAAGACAGCAUCGCCGACCUCAGCUUUUCGCCUGUGAGCAACCAUCUUGCGGUCGCAUCGUGGGAUAAUAAGGUUCGCAUUUACGAAAUCAAUGCUCAGGGAGGAGAGGGAAAGGCAGCUUUUGAUCACCAAGGUCCGGUUUUGAGUUGUCACUGGUCUAGUGUAUGUCUACUCUCAAAGCGCAAGAACUUUGCGAAACGUUCUAGCUAACUUGUAUUAUAGGAUGGCAAAAAGGUGGUGGCAGCAGGCGCAGACAAGGCGGCGAGAUUGUUGGAUUUAGGAUCUGGACAAACAUCCGCAGCUACUCAGGUUGCGGCCCACGAUCAGCCAAUUCGAUCCGUCCGAUUCUUCACACCCGCCAACUCAAACGCAGAAAUGGUAGUUACAGGAUCAUGGGAUAAAACCAUCAAGUAUUGGGAUCUCCGACAGUCUACUGCUGUGGCUACAGUACAGUGCCAGGAGCGAGUUUAUACCAUGGAUGUUGCAAAGAACCUCUUGGUUGUUGGAACUGCCGACCGCUACAUCAACGUUAUCAACCUAGGCGACCCCUCAAAAAUCUACAAGACCAUCCAAAGUCCUUUGAAGUGGCAGACCAGAGUGAUUAGCUGUUUCCCUGACGCAUCAGGUUUUGCAGUAGGAAGUAUUGAAGGAAGAUGUGCGAUCCAAUAUGUUGAAGAAAAAGACGCUAGGCAAGCUUCCUCCAAAACUAACUCCUCAAGUCCCAUGCUAACAAUCAACCCCAGCUCAAACUUCUCCUUCAAAUGUCACCGUGACCCCCCACAAAACAACAUGACAAACGUCUACUCUGUAAACGCCAUCUCCUUCCACCCAGUCCACGGCACCUUCAGCACCGCUGGUUCAGACGGAACCUUCCACUUCUGGGAUGGAGUCGCCAAACACAGACUUAAGGGCUACCCGACCGUUGGGGGAACCAUCUCAGCCACGGCCUUCAACCAAGAUGGAAGUAUCUUCGCCUACGCUGUAAGCUACGACUGGAGCAAGGGCUAUGCGAGCAACAACCCACAAUACCCCAAUAAAAUCAUGAUGCACCCCGUCACACCUGAGGAAUGCAAACCCAGACCUAGCACCAAGAAGCGAUAG